AUGUUUUUUUGGAAGUCGGCGGCAUCGGCAGUACCCCACCGUAUGUGGCGACACUUUCAAGCACCAGCUCGCCGCGCGGCAGGUCUUGGCCUUCUGCGGUCCAAUGCGAGUCUACCUUCAAUGCGCCACCCAAUGACGGUACAUGCGCAUUUCAGCACCGAGGCACCACGGAAGGUCAAGAAAUCUAAAGUGCCGCAGCGGUCGGAUCCGCACUUGCGUGUGCGCCUCGUUCCUAUGUUUGACGACAACUAUGGUUUCCUCGUGAUUGACGAAGCGAACCAGCAUGUGGUUGCCGUGGACCCUGCGCAACCUAGCGCGAUGAUCCCUGUGCUCGAGGAAGAGUUGAGCAAGCCAGGCCGGGAAUUUCUCGGUAUUCUCACCACACACGGUCAUGCCGACCACUGUGGUGGAAAUGUCGCGAUCGUUGACAAGUUCCCUGACCUGUUGGUGGCAGGGCCGCACAACGAAGUCAUUCCACGCGUGACCAAGUCUUUAAAAGGAGGUGAAGAGUUCAAGAUCGGCGCCAUGACAAUCGAGGUGUUGGCAGUGCCAUGCCAUACGAAGGGCCACUUGGCGUACUUGAUUUCGGGCGACCCGUCGACGCCGCCGCUGCUGUUCCCUGGAGACACGCUGUUUGUCGGCGGAUGCGGACGCUUCUUUGAAGGGACAGCAGAAAACAUGUAUCAUGCGUUGUACGAAGUGUUUUUGCACCUGCCUAAGGACACCAAAGUCUACUGCGGCCACGAAUACACCAUGGCCAACUUGCGGUUUGCGCUGAGCGUAGACCCGACGAACGCGGCGGUGCGGGACAAGAUCAACUGGGCCAAGCUCCGCCGGUCCAAGAACCUCCCGACCAUUCCGUCGACCUUGCGCGAGGAGAUGGCGUACAACCCAUUCCUCCGCGUGCAUGACGACGUGAUCGUCAAUGCCGUCGGCGGCACCGACCCCGUCGCAGUGCUCGCCAACCUCCGCCGCAAGAAGGAUAGCUUCAUCUAAGAAAUCCUAAGCCAGCAUAACACGCACACACAUGCUCCUUUGUACUACU